UUGAGAAUCCAAAUUGUCUGUUAUGAAUAUAAUUUGUCCCUUUUGAAUAACAAAGUAAAAAAAAAAAAAAUCUUGGUAUCAAAAUUAUUGACACACAAACACACACACAGCACCACCGUUAUCAUUAAUUGGCAAAUGUCAAUAUAAUGUGAACUUUGCAACUUCGAAUAACAUUCGUGCGACCUUCAACAAAUAAUUCAUGUGCUUUUUUCUGUUUUGAAAAAUGCCUUUUUUCCGUUGCCCUCUUCCUAAAUUUGAUGCACCAAAACCAUCAUUUCGAUUCGAUAGUAAUUCAUUGCCGAAUUAUUUUCGAAUUUUAUCGAAUGAUGAAAAACCACAAGAACAACAACAACAAGAAAAUGAAUGUUCGAAUGGUGAACAAAAAUCGGAAAAAGUUUCUGAUCAAAUAAUAUCAACUCAAUGUUAUUGGCAAAAAAUUAUCCUCAAUCAACGAUGUCCAAUUUUUCGUUAUCAUGAAAAUUGGUCAAAAAUUAAAAUAUUAGAUGAAAAUGGAUCGGAUCGAAAAACCGAUUCAAAUCAAACAAAACAUCGAUUUGAUUUUAAUUCGCUGAACAUUCGAUUAUUAGAAACAUUUGGAUUUAUUGGCACUGCUUUGAUUGUUGGUUUCGAUAUACGUUCACGUAUCAAUCAAUGGUCACCUGCUCAACAUCAUCGUGAUCAUCCUCAUAUUCUUCAUCAUCCUCAUAAUCAUCAUCAUCAUUAUCAUCAAUCCGAACAUAUUAGUUAUGAUGAUAAUAAUAAUCCCCGACAACAACAACAAACAUUGCCAAAUGUUGUUGAUUUUUAUCGCUCGAAAACCCUUUAUUAUUUUGGUUCAUGUCGUUUUUGUUGUUAUGUUUUUGAUAAAAUUUGUACAAUACCAUCAUUUUUUCCAUUAUCAUCAUUAUCAUCGAAUAUUGUUGAAGAGACUACUGCAAAUUUAACAAUCAAAACUAACCAUAAUGAUGAUGAAGUCCAUGAACCAACAAAUUCAAUUACAAAAUCAUCAUCAACAACAAUUAACACUGAUGAAGAACUAUUAUUGGAUAACAUUGAAGAAAUUGAACAAAUCCUUUAUUGUUCACAAUCCGAACUACUGAAUGGUCAUUUUUUAUUAAAUGAUAAUGAUAAUGUGAACAGGAAAUCAGCCAAAAAGGACAAGGACAAUAUCAUAACAGAACAACAACAACAACAACAACAGAAUGAUUUGUCAUUGAUUUGUGAGAAAGCAUCCGGAACGGUGAAUGUAUCAUCGGAAAACAAUUACAACAGUGAUGAUAAUGAUGACGAUGAUGAUGAGGAUGAUGAUGAGUGGAUGACCAACAAUGACAAUAUUUCAUCAAACAAUAUAUUUCGUCAAACCUGUAUUGAAUAUGCGGAUAUAUUGAACAAUUUAUCUGGUAUUAAAUUGAUAAAAAAUCAACAUACACAAAAUGAUGCAUUAGCCUGUUGGUUAAGCUGUGACAAAAGAUAUUCUGCUGCAUUGUUUAAUUUGGGUGUUGCAUAUGAAAAUGGUUUGUUUAAUAAUGUUGUUGGUGGUGGUGGUGAUGGUAGUAAAAAACCUGAUAUGGAUAUGGCCUUCCAUUAUUAUGCAUUGGCCGCAAAUAAAGGCCAUCCGAAUGCCAUCUAUAAUAUUGCAUUAUAUUAUCUUUAUGGAAAGGGUAAUAUCAAAACAAAUAUUAAUUAUGCAUUACAAUUAUUACGUAUUGCAUCCGAUCAUGGUGUUAAACAAGCACAAGAUUAUUGUCAACAAUUUAAUAUGAAAAAGAAAAAAUUAAUUACAAUCAAACAAAAAUCAAUCGAAUUUCAACAUUCGAUUUCAAACAUUUAA